GCGGGGCAGUGUGCGUGGUCCUGACGCGACCAUCUCGAGAGGAGGCUGAAAUUUCGCUCUUGAAUCAGGUUUUUCUCUCUCCGUGUUUCAAUCUGAAUCGAUCUCUCGUUUUCUUUGGACUCUUCGUGAUUCGGACUCUGGACUCUAACAUCUGGGAUUAUUUGUAUGAUGGUUCGCUUUAAAUGCUCGUUUUUCCGGAGCUGCAGCUGAUCUUUGAUCCAGAGUCCGCCCGGAUCUCAGCGUGAUGGAUCCUCGAGAGUCCGCCGUCCUCAAACUUUUCAUUGUUGGCUUUCUGGUAAACGUCUUCAUGAUGAUGAGAGCUUCAACAGCUGCAGACAGUGUGAUGUUGGAGGCCCAGCCCCCCCCUCACAGGAAGCUGUGUAAUGAGUCUCGGCUUCAGUGGGAGGUGGAGGUGUGUGGAGACGACUUUAAGAGAGACAUGGACCACGUGGAUCCUCAGUACUGGUGCAACCUCACCCACUUCAUCAGCGAGUACCACCUGUUCACCCUGUGCACGGAGACAAAGUCCCAGGUGGUCCACUGUUUUUGGCCCAAUCCACUGGUAGAAAGCUACAUCAUCCGCAUACACAAGCACUUUUUCUCCAACUGCUCCAGCACGCUGGUGGAGUGGGUGGACCCGCCAGACGAGACGCUCACUGUCCUCAUCCUCGUCCCUGUCUUCCUCACGUUGGCCAUGAUUGCUCUGGUGGUUUGGCGCAGCAAGAGGAGUGAUCUGCUGGCUUAAAAAAAACCCUGAAAAAAGACAGUUGAAAGUUUUCAGGUGGUCAAGUUUCCCUUUCAUUUGAGCCAAAAACUCCCCAAACCUCAUGUUACAAUAACCAAAGUGCUGCCUGGCUUAUCUUUAAUAAAUUAAUAUAUGAUACGUAAUACUUCACAUUCUGAUGUUCUGUCUGUCAACAUGGUGUGACUGUGCUUUUUGAAAAAUCUAAGGUGAUCACGAUUCAAAGACAAAAACUUGGGAAAAAUUAAAUAUUUGGUUUCAGUGGUUAUGCUGGGGCCAGAUUCAGGUUAGCUUAGCUUAGCAUAAAGAUUGUAAAAAAAAAAAAAAAACUCAAGCCACAGUCUGUUUGAAGGAAAAAAAACACCCAGCAACACCUCUGAAAUCACAGAGUAUUAUAUUGAUCACGUUUGUAUUGAUGAAAAACUGUUCCAGGUCAGUUUGGCUCUUUUUGGUCUCCAUGAGAUUUUUAGUAAACUGUUGAAAACCAGCAACUGCUUGACCCAGAGAUCAAACACAACUUCUUUUUUUAUAGUGUAUUGUCUGUAUGAAUUUAACAAACAAAAUUAACCAGUGAACUUAACAGCUGAUGCUCUCUGUCACAUUGUAGAAGAGCCUGGCUCUCUGUUUGCCCUUGUUUCCGGUCUUCAAGCUAAUCUAAGCCUAGCAGCAGCUGCUUAGGUAGCUGUUUGUCCUUGUUUUUCUUGUUUCCAGUCUUAAAGGUAAGCUAAGCUAAGCUAACCAGCAUCUGCCCGUGGCUUUUAUUCAGAGACAUAAGGGUGGAAAUAUAUCUCUGUUUGUCCUUUGAGGCUCAGACCAUAAAAAUCAUCUCUGGUUGGGAAACUUGACUAGUAGGACAAAAGAUCAAAUUCUUUGAGGUUCAUGGAGUCAGAGUGUUGACCUUUGACCUCAUGUCAGGGCACUGUGUCAUUGUUAAAAGCCAAAAGUUUCUCAGAGACAGAGACUGAGGACUCAUGUGUUUUGUAUUAUACCCUUAGACUGUGUUUGACGAGGAUACGAAAAGGAACCAAAAGUGGACUGGGUUUAGUUCCUGCAGGUUUUAUUUACGUGCCACACUGGAACAGAUACACAGGUGUUCAACCAAAGACCAGAACCACUCAAUGUGAAAUCAAAACCACAGGGAUUGAUUUAUACCUCUGUAACUUAUGAAAACAGUAAAUGUUCCCACCAGUGUUGUAGUACGUUGAUUUUCAGGACUCUUGACUUGACUGGGACUCAAGCACUGAUGACUCAGACUCGAACAUUGACUACAUUAGGACAGACAGAGAGGGAGAGGAGGGCUCUGACUUAUUUAUUGAUAAAGACUGUUUUAUUGUUUUUGUGAGGAACUAAUAAUUCAUUCAGUUUAGAGCAAAGGCUGGCAGGUAUGUUCACCUGCAUGCGUGUUCGCAUGCAGUUAUAUUCAACAGUUCCUGCCUGGACGCUUAAAGAGAUGCCAUGAAUCAAUGAGUUUUACUUUGAAUGAUUUUAGCCUCAAAUGCAGCCAGAGUUGAGCAACAUGUUAGUUAUGUAAAAUAACCAUUGAGGACAAGACCAGACAAACUCAAACUUUAACAGACGUCUAUCCAGGAUGAAACCAGAAAAGUCAGAGAGAUGUUGAAUUUACUUGUCUAUUGAUUUCGCUACUGUUAGCAAGCUAAUGGUGACAUACCUACAGUGGUGGACAGUAACAGAGUAAAUUCACUUGAGUAGAGUACUUAAGUACAUCUUUUCAGUAUCUGUACUUUACUUGAGUAUUAUAUUUUGGGGAAACUGCAUUUCUAUCAGUGCUCUAGUUACUCACUACUUUUGCUUUGAAGUCAGCUCAUGAAUUUUCUUCUCUUUUUUGAAAUCUGAUCCUUAAGACAGUAAAAUGUGUUUGUGUAGUUCUGUUUGUCUCUGUGGUUUAGUCGUACCUGUAUAUCGUGCGUCUCCACGGUUAAACGUGGACCAAACACAGAGCAGAUUUCACUCAGAUCAGGAAGUUCAUUUGGAGGUGAUAAUGAUUUCUAUAAUUCUCCACCUGAACACCCAUGGCCAUAUCUUCAGCCCGUGUUAGAGGUUUUUGAAAUGCAGAAUGAUACAUACGUACGUAUCGUUUGAAAUGUUCUCUCUGUUUCCCACUCUGCCCAAACAUACAAAUAUUCACUGUCUAACCUGGGAAAGCGUGUUGAGCUACGUAUCAUUUGUUUAACUCCAGAUGAACAUUUUAAACUAAGUUGCCUGUGCUUGGAGAAACUUAGUGUCUCUUUUUAUUCCACGGUUAUAGAUUUCAAGUAAUGAUUUCUACAUAAACACAGUGUAACAGAAUGCACUCCUAUGUAUUCUUGACUGCACUUAGGUAUUGUGAAAAUACAAAGUUUUAAGAUUUUUUAAGAAGUACUUUGAAUACUUAAGUAUUUUCAAAAGCAAGUACUUCAGUGUCUAACUCAAGUAAUAAUCUGACAGAGCAACUUUCACAUGUAUUGGAGUAAUAUUUGACAUGGAGGAUCUAUAGUUUGACUCAAGUAAUGAAGCUGUGUACUUUGUCCAACACUGAAUACCUAUCUAAAGUGACUCAACCCGUGUGUCCAAGAUGUUUGGUUGGUUAAAUUCUGAGUAAUAGCAAGUGGGCUGCAGGUAUUUUUGAGUUUAUUCGACCCCUGCAGAGAUCUGACUGCAGUCCACUGCAUCUCCACAUUUAGAGAAGAGCAGUGCACGUUAAUGCAUGGCACACAACACUGUAACUUCAUUGAUCAUCUGCAGAUGCACUGAGAGGAUCAGUCUGAAUCUACUGUUAUUAAAUGAAAUGUUUUACACACAGUCAGUCCAGGUUAAUACAGUUAAUCCAGGUUCAGACUGCCAAUAGCAGCCUUCUUUGUAAUGAAUAAUAUCAAAUAUUGGGACUUGACUGGGACUACACACUGAGUUUUUUAAUCUGAUGACUUUGACUAGACUUGAACGCUGAGGACUCGAGGCCCGACUUGGACUCUGGUUUUGGUGACUUGAGUACAACACUGGUUAACACCAAGGUCUGUCUCAGGACAGAUCUGCUGUUUCAAACCAUAAAAACACUGCAGACCUGAGAUACUCAUUUUGUGUUCAUCAUCAGGAAUUAUUCAGACUGAAACAAUCUGUUUUUUAUUUUCUCCCAAAGUUUGAAUCAUUGUUCUGUUUGUGAAACACUGAAACUGAAAGUUCAUCCAUUAAAACAUUUAAAUUAAA